AUGAAAAUGUUUUUUCUGAUAUUUUUGGUGCACAAAGUAGUUACUCUGAGAUGUCCUGCGAGUGAUGCUUUCCUUGUUCCACAUGAGUGGUAUCAGCGUGGUGACUUCAUCAUUGGUGUGAUGGCAUCUCACAUGGGUUACCACCUUUAUGAAAUUAAAUUUAGUGAAAACCCUUCUAUAAAACCUUAUGAAAUACCAACCAUAAUCACCAAAUUUCAUCAACACAUCCUUGCCUUGGCCUUUGCUGUGAAGGAGAUCAAUGAGGACUCCCAGAUGUUACCUAACAUCACUCUCGGGUUCCACAUCUAUGACAGUUACCUCAAUGCAAGGAUGACCUAUCGCACCACUCUGGACCUCCUUUUCAAAUCCCAGGAAUUUGUUCCUAACUACAAGUGUGAUAGCCAGAAGAAUCUCAUGGCUAUUAUUGGGGGAUUGGAUUUUGUCACAUCAUCUCAUAUUGCUGAAAUUACAAGAUUCUUCAAGAUUCCACAAAGAGUUAGAGUUGGAAAGAUGGAUCCACAAGCUCCAAAAGGGAAGGAAUUAUCCAUAGAUAAAGAUUUGAUUGUCUGGAGUCCAGCUUUUAACCAGGUUCUUCCAUUUUCUCGAUGCAAUGACCCUUGUUUUCCUGGGGACUGGAAGAAAGGGAUUGAAGGGGAUCAGUUCUGCUGCUAUGACUGUGUUCCAUGCCCACAAGGGAAGAUUUCAAAUCAAAAUGAUAUGGAUGACUGUUUUGAAUGUCCAGAAGAUCAUUAUCCAAAUAAAGAAAAGAGUGGAUGUAUCCUGAAACGGGUGGUGUUUCUAACUAUUGAAGAACCCUUAGGAAUUGGUUUAGCCUCAUCAGCUCUUGGUUUCUUUUUCUUGACAUCUUGGGUCCUUGCAACUUUUAUUAAGCACAGGGACACUCCCAUUGUCAAAGCCAACAACCAGUCCCUCACCUACACCCUGCUUGUUUCUCUUCAGCUCUGUUUUCUUUCUUCUUUGUUUUUCCUCAGCCAACCUGGUAAAGUGACCUGCCUUCUCCGACAAUCAACUUUUGGAACCACAUUCUCAGUGGCUAUUUCUAGUGUGCUGUCCAAAACCAUCAUUGUGGUUGUUGCUUUCAUGGCCACUAAACCGGGAUCUCAAAUGAGAAGAUGGUUAGAAAAAAAAUUGGCUUUUUCUACUGUCCUUUCCUGCUCCUUUUUCCAAGUAUGUAUUUGUAUUCUUUGGUUGUCAACAUCUCCACCAUUCCCUGAGUUGGACAUGCAUUUACAGCUCCAAGAAAUUAUUUUACAAUGCAAUGAGGGGUCAGCUUUCUUCUUUUAUUGUGUAUUGGGCUAUAUGGGUGUCUUGGCCAUUGCCAGCUUUAUUGUAGCUUUUCUUGCCCGUAAAUUACCUGACAGCUUUAAUGAAGCCAAGUUCAUCACCUUCAGCAUGUUGGCCUUUUGCAGUGUGUGGAUCUCCUUCUUUCCAACCUAUCUGAGUACAAAGGGAAAAGCCAUGGUAGCUGUGGAGAUCUUCUCCAUCUUGUCCUCCAGUGCUGCAUUACUGGGAUGCAUAUUCUUGCCAAAAUGCUACAUCAUUGUUUUCCGGCCUGAACUAAACCAAAGGGAGCAUCUCACAAAGAGAAAUUAG